AAGGCAAGAGAUCCACCGAGUCCUCCGCUUUCCCAGCAGCCAGUGCAGCCCCCCCCGCUCGGGUGACAAAGGACUGGGAGCCCUGUCAGUUGUCGCUUCUGUCGCUGCCGUCGCUCAAGGAGGGGGAGGGACCGAUCCCGAGGAGCCGCUGCUGUCCGAGGAUUGCAAAAAUGCUUUGGAGUUUUUAACUGAAUCAAAGAGAAAAAUCCAGACUAGAUCGGAGACUGUAAGAAGAGAAGUAGUGGCAGGGGAGAUUCAGUGCCAAUGCAGCAACAAAGAAGGCAGCCAGAAUUAGUGGAAGGAAAUCUUCCUGUUUUUGUAUUUCCUACCGAGCUGAUAUUUUAUGCAGAUGACCAGUCAACACACAAACAGGUGUUGACACUGUAUAAUCCCUAUGAAUUUGCCCUAAAGUUCAAAGUUCUAUGCACUACUCCCAAUAAGUAUGUUGUCGUUGAUGCUACCGGGGCAGUGAAGCCUCAAUGCUGUGUGGAUAUCGUAAUUCGUCACAGAGAUGUUCGGUCCUGCCACUAUGAUGUAAUAGACAAAUUCCGUCUCCAAGUUUCUGAGCAAAGCCAGAGAAAGGCUUUAGGACGGAAAGAGAUUAUUGCUACUCUUCUUCCAUCUGCCAAAGAACAACGAAAGGAAGUGGAGGAAAAAAGGAUAAAGGAACACUUAACAGAAAAAAACAGGACUGUCUCAUCAGGACCUAGUUUAUUAACUGUUUUCCUGGGAAUAGUGUGCGUUGCAGCUCUGAUGCUACCCACCUUGGGAGAAGUGGAAUCCCUAGUGCCUCUCUACUUCCAUUUAAGUGUGAAUCAGAAAUUAGUAGCUGCUUAUGUCUUAGGUCUUAUUACAAUGGUUAUACUCAGAAUAUGAACAAGGAUGAAAAUUGACUUGGGAAAUAAUUUUACCUUCUUCACAUAAUCAUGACUGUGGACUGCCUUUGAUUCUCAUUUGGCUCAUUAAUAUGUGACAGAAAACCUAUCAGUGAUUGAACAUAAUUGCAAAAGUGUAAUAUCUCUCUAUCUUGAUCUUUAUCUCUAUUGAGAUAAAGAUCGAGAUAUAUCUGUAUAAACUGAUGUAUAACUUGUAUUGGAAGGACGCAGGCACAUCGUGCUCAUCAUGUUACAGAAACCUAUGAUGGUUUUGUUGAGUGACUUCUGUGAAAUGAUUUGAAGAAAUUGUCUUUUUAUACCAAUACCUUGUUGUACAAAAGACUUUUAUUAAAGCAAUGUUUGUUAUUUGAUUAUCUUUCUCUAAUUCACUUUGAUUGUUAAGGUCCUGUUUGCCCUCAGGGUUAGAGGAUUAGAAGGCUAAACUGAUGGAAAUGAAAACAACAAAACAAUACUUGGGUUUAUUCUCUAGCUAUAAGCAUUAAUGUUAGAACCUCUGCCCUCUUAGUGUUUCUAAAAGUGGAAUUUAAGUUAAGACUAUGUGUGAAAUAUAAUACACAGUCCUGGGGAAUCUCAGACGUCCUAGGGUCUCACCGAGUACCCAAGCCAGCUGGUUCACCUAGUGAGCUAGCUAGCUAGCCAGUUGGAUGGCAAACUUGAAAGCUGCUAAGGUUUUUAUCAAAACAGUCACUCGAUGUGGCGGUCAGGGAGGUCUCUUUCUUUGGCCUAAUGGGCAUCCUAAAAGGAAGCCAGGUAUUAGGUUAGCCUCUUGGCCCACUGGCCUCCCCCUCUCUCUUUCCAAUGCUUUAUGUGUUGAUAGGCAGAAUAAUGACUACAGCCUUUUGCUAGCCCUUGUCCCUAAGAGGCAAACCUAAGCUGGGCUUAGCAGAUGCUGGGCUAUUUGUUUGGUUUGGGGAUUGAUUACUUGCCCUAAACCUAGGCAUGGGAACUGUUCCAUUUCUGUCAGGUAUUUUCUAGCAGUCAGGAACUAGUUGACACCAGAUUUUGAGCACGCACAUUUGGUACGGUUCUUUUGUUCUUGAAAAAGACGUCUUCCAGGCCUUUUUACAGACCAUGAGCAUGCCUUGCCACAGUUAUAUCUUCAUCGAGUAUGUUAGCAUAAGCCUAAAAACAUAGCUGAUGGUGAUUUUUGUAGGAAACGGAACUUGGCUUCUAAAAAGCUUUUGUGUAUAAUCUUUCAUAGGCCCAUUUGGGGGGGGGGGUCCAGUUUCUAGGAUAUAUUGUUCAUGUCCAUAGCACUGGUCAUAUCAUGUCUGAAAAAAAAAGCACAUGAAUGUAAUCAUAGUGUUGUGGCUGAAGGCUGGCCCUGGAGUCAGGGAGAUCUGAAUUCAAAUCUAGCCUCUUCUGUGUCCUAGCUGUGUGACCCUGGGCAAGUCACUUAACCUCUCUGAGCCUCAGUUUCCUCAUCUGUAAAAUGGGGAUAAUAAUCAUACCUACCUCACAGGGUUGUUGUGAGGAUCAAAUGCGAUAAUGGAUGUAAAGCAUUUGCAAAGCGUUAUAUAACUGUCAGUUAUUAUUUUCUGCUCUGAACUUUGUAAAGAAUCUGGAAAUGAUUCUGAUUUCUCUGCCCAGCUCAAGUCACCACUCAAAUGUGGACGAAAAGGCAUAUGGAGGAGAGAAAUGAUUUAAAGACAAAAAUAAACCAUAUAUGAAUUUUA